UUUGAAGACACCGUAAUAAAAUUUUCGGAGAUUUCCCGAGAUUCGAACAACUUUUUAUACGGAUUUCUUUCUUUUCAAAGGGAAGAUAUUAUCAUCAUGUCUAUUGGAAUGACAACAAUGAAAUCAAAGAUGCAAUCAGAGUACGGUCCAGAUUCAGGCGGCCGUAUAAAGGGUAUCACAAUAAUCAAGCCCAUUGUAUAUGGUAACAUCUCCCGCUACUUUGGAAAGAAACGAGAGGAGGACGGACAUACUCAUCAGUGGACUAUUUACGUCAAGCCUUACAGGAAUGAGGAUCUGUCAACGUAUGUGAAGAAAAUCCAAUUCAAACUGCACGAGAGCUACGCUAACCCUCUUCGUGUUGUCAGCAAACCACCGUAUGAAGUAACAGAAACUGGCUGGGGAGAGUUUGAGAUUACAGUCAAGAUCUUCUUUGUUGACCCAAACGAGAGACCAGUAACAGUGUACCACUUUCUAAAGCUGUUCCAGUCCAGUGCAGGUCUCGUUCUUGGGAAGAAGACCCUCUUUUCAGAGCAUUAUGAUGAAUUGAUAUUUCAAGAUCCUACCGCUAUGAUGCAACAACUGUUAACAGGAACAAGAGCUUUGACGCUGGGAUCAUAUAAACACGAAACAGAUUUUGAAGAGAACGAAGGCAAGACGGUAGCAUCCUUGCAGUCGGCUCGGAAGAAGAUCCGCCAUGAGAUCCAAGACCUCAACGAAAGACUGAAACAGAGCAAGGAGGCCAUCGCCCACUUCAAGGAGGAGAUCCGAAAACUGGAGGAGUCUGAAAUGAGCAAAGACAGAGAUUGAUGUCAGCUAGACUCCUCAAUGGAGACCAAACUGAAAGACAUGAACAGAAUGAACACAGAGCAGUGUCACCCAGGGUUCCCAUCAUUGUGAUGAGAACAGUAGCUCUUACCGCACCAGCCAGUACUUUGUCUUCUUCUUCUGUGUGGUCUCCGUCCUACAGUCCUGAAGAUUCUUGCAGAACUUGGUGGAGUGUGUGUCCCAAGGGUCAUAAAGUGCAUGUGCCAAUUAUAUACAUGCUGCAAAGUACAAACUGGAAUGGAUUAGAUGUUGCUGCAUUUUGUCAGUUGCAGACUGAUCGUGCUGUCACAACAUUUGCUGGGAGAGAGUUCCACACCUUUAUGAUUCUGGGGAAGAAGGAGCAUUGAUAAUGUUGGAUCUGUGAUUGUGGCAGCCCUCAUAGUAAGCUAUCAGGAGGACAAGGCUACUUUUUGAUAAUCACCUUUGAACAACUGUCGGUAAUAGGGGAAUUUUAAGAGCAGGGAGGCGGUUUAGGGUCCCAUCUUACACAGAGUUGCAAUUGAUCUGAUCAACCACAACUAUGGAAAGCCAGCAACGUUGUCUAAAAUGCACGUUUGUUCAAAAAAUUUCCGAUGAUUAUGGUGCAUAUACAUACAUUCAUCAUUGCAAAUUCAGUGUGGCUCCUCUUUGCUUACAAAAGUAUAUUGAGUAAAUUUCCAGUUGGAAAAAUUAUGAAAUUGGUGAAUUUCCAUAUACAUGUAGGUGAGGUCGUUCAGAUUAGUCCCAACUCUUUGCAGGACGGGAUCCCCUGGUGUACACCUAAGGCUAUAGCCUUCAUCGUCUUCGUGUAACACAAGCCCAGGUGGGCGUUUCAUAAAGCUGUUCGUCAGUUAUGAAUGACUGGUGAUCCUUUCUUGUGGUAAAUGUUAUACACCAAAUCUUUAUUCAUGUUAAUUUAUUGCCUAAGAAAUGAUCACUAUAGUCGUUCGUAACUUAUAAAGAGCGUUAUGAAACACCCGACGUGCUUGACACCGCUCUGAAGAUCAUUGUGCAGUGCUAAGGGUUAAGGAGUAACAUCAAUCCUGAGUUGUUAUGAAGGACAUGCACUAUGCGAGAGAGUGAUAUUGAUUGCAUUUUAUAUGACACCUAGACAGAUCCUUGUGAUUUGAUUGGUUGUUUGAUAUCGAUCAUUCUGUCCAUUUUACAAUGACGUCAAAUCGUGCAAUUUUGGAUCCAUUCAUCGUGCAAUUUUAGAUCCAUACGAUUUUGUCCAUUGCACUCGCGCACCGAGACUGCAGCUGCAGGCACCAACAGUGCGCAUGUUGCAAUGACGUAACAAUCAACUGACCGAACUCGCACUGCAUGAGCGUAUUUUGCAUCGAAAUUCAUUAAUUUCAUAUGAAAAAAAAAAAUCAAUUUUUAGGUGUCAUAUAAACCAAAUAAUGAAUGUUUUUUCAUUCGUGCAAUGGACAGAAUACUUAAUUCGGUGAAAGAUGAAAUAAUGAUCCAUUCAACUCGGCUACGCCUCGUUAUAUGGAUCAUUUCAUCUUUCACCUCAUGAAGUAUUCUGUCCAUUGCACUCUUAAACAGUCAUUAUGUGUAUACCACUGCACGGAAAUUUCCUAGUACAGUCGACCAAUGGUAUUGUGUGUGGUUUGUACUCAUGUCCCUGUAAAUUCUCCCAAGUAUGUAGUUAGCAAGGGAGAAAGAUGAGGGCUUAAACGAUGCAAGAUAUGCUAUCUUACUAUUCUUUGUUUUAUAUGCCUCCCCACUGAAGGUGGUACAGCUGAAUGCAUUGUUUUUUUACAGCUUUCCAUUCUUGCAAUAACGUAAGAAUCAUGAAUUGGAUGUACAUUGGCUGGCUUAUUUACUUAUUUUCAGAUGGUCUGUUGCCAACAUAUUACCCCUGUACAAGUCAUUACAAUGCUGUAAUGAGAAAGUGUCAAAAAAUGAUUUUGUAAUAAAAUAGAAAAAUGAGACAAUAUGAUUAUGAACUGUUUUUCCUUUGAUUCAUCAGGGAGCGUUUCAUGAAAGGACUUGUCAGACGUUUUAUCCGACAAGUCCCAUUUCAUCCGACAGUUGCCAUAGUAACAAUGUUUCUCAGCCAAUCAAAAUCAAGGAAAUUUGUGAGAUGUGACAACUUGUCGGACGAAAAUGUUGAUGAAACGCUCCCCAGUUAUCUAUUUAUGUAGAGGUGUUGUGGACAAGUGUUCAAACUAUGAACCAUGAGGUGCGAGAUUAAUUUUGAUGGCAGUACUUGUGCCCUUUGGGGAGGCAUGUAUUUACCUUUACCACUUUCCACCCAAGUGUAGUAAAUGGAUAGCCAGUAGGAAGACAUUUUUUUUCUCAAAUUCUUGAGCACCAAGGCAGCCCAGCUAAAGCCGGGGGUAAUAAUAAAUUUGUCAUGUUAACCCUUCAAAUACUGGGCUAUUUUGAUGUCUCAGAAGAUGGGGAAGGGCUGAUACAGCCCUCCCCCCGAAAUUUUUUUUCGGCCGUUUACCGACACACAUGUUACCCAUGGCCUUAUCUACAAAACUGAAUUCUUCGAAAAAUCUCAUUACUACUCUAAUGCUAAUUUAUGCACAAAAUCAAAGGUUUUCUGAUUCCGGUUCUCAAACUGCAUUUUUUGUUUAAUCACAGUCUCUGAUCAAAUAUCCUUUGUUUCCCUGUGUGGUUCUUAGUUUUGCAUUUAUUUUUCUUUUUUAUUCUUGUUUUUUUCGAUGGAAAUCCUCAGCAUCUUUAUAUUUAUCUUCAUAGACAAGAUUAAAUUUUAAUUGAGUGUAGUCAGUAAGAGUUGAAAUGAUGGUAUGAAUUUUGGCUAAAACACAAUUUAAAUUAGAUCUGUACAUUAAUUCAAGUUUUGAGAAAAUUUUGGUCUGACAUACUGUGCAUAUUCGGUCUCAAAAGUAGUUGCGCGAGACUUGGAAAAAAAAAUUCUCUGAACAAGGCGGCACCAGGUUCUUAUGUUACAGAUUUAUUGUGAAAAAAUUGGAGGGGGGUACCUUCCGUAGUGACUCCCAUGGGCCUGGGUGAGAUCAUAUUGCACAAUCCAGUGGCGUAAUGAGCCAAAAAUUUUGAGGGAGCUCGAUAUGGCAUGUCGGGCAAAAUUUACAAAAGUUGUGAGCGAGCAAAAAUUUCAAUAUUUUUUUUUAAAUCUUAUUUUGUGAUAGAUUUUGUCAUUAAUUAAUAUAUUUCACCCUUCCCUCUUUCCUUCUUUUUCUCUUUUUUUUUUGACGAAUUUGGGGUAAGCGCCCCCAAGCCCCCCCUCCUCAUUUGUACACCAAUGCUACAAUCAUGUGUUACAUUUAUGUAAGUAAAAAAGUAGUUUCUAGAUUGGGAAAAUGUAUAAUUUGUUAUGUGAAAAUAUACAGA